ACCGCGCACAGUUGAAAAGAUAAUCAAGGGAGUGGUCACGCUUGCAAGAGCAAAACAACAGUAAAACAAUGGCUUCUGCUGCUUUCAUUUCAUCGUCUUUCCUUCCAAAUAAACCUCUAACCAUUCCUCAUCAAGAUCAGCAGCUUAUGCUUUUCAAGAAUUCUACUCAAAUUGCAAAAGUCCCCAAGAAGCCAGUCUCUUUCAAGGUCCGAGCUGCUAGGCUUCCUGCUGGUGUGGAAUUACCAAAAGUGGAGCCAAAAUUCAGAGCCUCUUUUCUUGGAUUUACUAGGACUGCUGAAACGUGGAAUUCUAGAGCUUGUAUGAUUGGCAUCAUUGGAGUUUUCAUUUUAGAAUUUAUAUUGAACAAAGGAAUACUUCAAGUGAUUGGGGUGGAAGUUGGGAAAGGUCUUGAUCUUCCUCUCUGAAGAUUCAAUCUGUUUGUAACUGGAGCUUAUGAUACUUUUUUAACUGCUCUUGUGAUGCAUCUUUGUACCAUUGAUGCUUGCAAACAACACUCCACUUCGUUGUAAUAUGUGAAUUCUUAAUUCAGUGAUCUGCCACUUGAUUUCUAGCUAGUCUUUGCCGAUUUCUAUCAUUAGUCAUGUACAAUCACUUGCUUUUAAAUAUUACUGUUUUUUGAGAGUUUUUUU